GGUACCGGGCAGCGGUGGUGGAGGCUGCCAGGGCGCCUAGCCCCCCUGGCUCUCGUGCGUCGUCCCCGCGGGCUGGGCCCCGCCCCCGCAGCCGCCGCGACCUUGGCCUCGACCGGGGGUGGGGUCCUCAGCGGGCACACUGUCCCCGAACGGUCGCGGGUGCCCAUUUGCGAGGCGCCUCCCCACGCUCCCGGAACCCCAGGGACGGGAGCUGUGGCGACCCCACUCUGCAGACGUGAAAGAAGCUCAGAGCCGCCUCUGGCCCGAGGUCGGUGGCCGGACGCAGCCCGGGCUGCCUGCUCUGCUGCGAGGCGCCCGGAGUUCGGGCCCUUUCCCACGGGGCACAGGCUCCAAGCUGGGGAAGAGAGAGUAGGCAAGGUUCGCGCCCGGGCCAGGGCUGUUUGUGUCCCCUCCGCCUUCAGCCUGUCACAGCAGCGUGGAGGUGGAGGGUUUGCGUCCAUGUGUGACUGCCACCUCCCCUUAGACAGCCCGGGUAGGGGUGGCCGUGCCUUUGCCCGGGUAAGUUCCCCGGACAUUAACUACGGGUCUUAGCGGGGAUGAGAACCUGCACCCAGGUUCAGGACUGCAGCCCUGCCCUGUGACAGUUUACCUAGCUGCCGGUGACCUUUGCCAUCAUUAGGGGCUGAGAUCUGGUGGGGGCUGACCCCGAGGAGCCCUGUGGCGGCUGCCUCCCCGCCUCCUUGAAGCGGGUACUGUCUGCACCAUUGCUGGAUGUACGUUAACUUUGGUCCUUCCCCUGCCCCUUUUUCACCCCCACAUAAGACCUUCUACUUCAUUAAAGUGUGAAAGAAGAACUCUCCCCUUGGUCCAAGCUGUUGUUGCAAAGCAGAUUAAAGGAGGGUGUUUUUGACCCGGAGGAGACUGAGCACCGGGGUGUGCUGGGGCCAGGUCUGCGGCCUCUGAGGGCUCCGUGGAGGGUUUCCUCUCUGGAAGAAUCUCCUUGAGAGUUAACCUGGAAUGUUCAUGCUCCAGCAGGCAGGGUUCAGUUUUUGUCUUCCCCAGAGCCAGCGGCCCCUAGCUGUGACAGGUUUUUCUGGAAGAACAGCCUGCUUCUCUCCGUGGGCAAGGCCUUGGGUUGGGAGAACAUUCUGCUCUUGCACCUGUGCACCUGGGGGGACUAACAGCUCCAACACUGGCCCACAGGUCCCCGGUGUGCACUCCUUCAGCAGGCCUUGGGGGAAGAUGGCGGCCCUGGGGGAUGGUCAGGAGCCCCCUCAUGUCCUGUCCCCGGUCAGUUUCGAGUCACCCGGGACACCUGGAGCCCACCACCAUGAAGCCCAACUUCACCUCCACGGUCAUCAACAUGGCUUCCCCAGCGGCAGCCCUGAGGUGCCCUCUGGGCCCCCACAGGGGGCGGGGCCAUCGGACCUGGACUUCCAGGACAUGGUGGAGGCCCGGAUCUGCAGAGACACCUGCUGGUCAGGUUCGGAGUCGGAGCCAGAGCAGGCCCCGUCGUCUCCCCGCCCGCACGGUGCUGAAGACGAGGUGCACCAGGCUGGGGGCGUGCUGAGGACCCUGCUGAGGAGCCUUCCCCGCAGAUCCGGGGUUGGGGGCCGCUUUGGGCAGGAGCCCAGCCCGGAGCGGCCAGCAGGCCAGCCACCGAGGGCCGGGCCCCGUUCCCAGAAGAGAGGCACCUGGCUCGGGUCGCAGGGAGCCUCUGGGACAGAGGGCAGCCCGGGGCGCACGGCCGAGCUGGCAGGCAGCCUGAGUCGGGGCUCGGGCCUCGGGACCCAGCAGGGCGGCCUGCGGGGAGGGAAGCUGCACAGGUGCGAGGCCUGCGGCAAGAGCUUCAAGUACAACUCACUCCUGCUGAAGCACCAGCGCAUCCACACGGGCGAGAAGCCCUACGCCUGCCACGAGUGCGGCAAGCGCUUCCGUGGCUGGUCGGGCUUCAUCCAACACCACCGCAUCCACACGGGCGAGAAGCCCUAUGAGUGCGGCCAGUGCGGCCGCGCCUUCAGCCACAGCUCGCACUUCACGCAGCACCUGCGCAUCCACAACGGGGAGAAGCCUUACGAGUGCGGUGAGUGCGGCCAGGCCUUCAGCCAGAGCUCCAACCUGGUGCGGCACCAGCGGCUGCACACGGGCGAGAAGCCAUACGCCUGCAGCCAGUGCGGCAAGGCCUUCAUCUGGAGCUCGGUGCUCAUUGAGCACCAGCGCAUCCACACGGGCGAGAAGCCCUACGAGUGCCCCGACUGCGGCAAGGCCUUCCGCGGCCGCUCGCACUUCUUCCGGCACCUGCGGACCCACACGGGCGAGAAGCCCUUUGCCUGUGGCGCCUGCGGCAAGGCCUUCGGCCAGAGUUCCCAGCUCAUCCAGCACCAGAGGGUCCACUACCGGGAGCUCUGUAUCUGCCUCACCGCCCGCUUCGCCGAGGCCCCACUGCGAGUUGCUACCCAGCACCUCGGACAGCUCCAGGGAAGCGCGCCAGUCCGGGCGCAGGUCCACUGCCCCGAGUCUCGCAGGCUCAGCCUAGCGGCUCCCGGGGUUUCCUCUCCGGAGACCUCUGUCCCGGGCCGGGUCCCCCGCGGGCCCCGCGAGCUUCUGAGAGCUCCGGGAAGUGCUGGCGGCGCGGGGCGGGGCUCGUUGUGGGCGCGGCGCGCGCUUCCGGCUCCCGCGGGCGCUGCGGGUCCCUCGGCCCUGCGGCCCAGCUGGCGGUGGACGCGGUGUCACGGCCGGCCCCCGCGGGCCUUUCUCCCACAGUCCGCACGACCCCCAACUGCAGAGCUGCGUCCGCGCGCCAAGAGGGCGCCCCCGGCCCGCCUGGAGUGGCAGAAGCUUCCAGGUGGGGAGAAGCCUCACCAGUGCGGCCAGUGCGUGCAGGAGGGUUUUCAGGUGGACAUCGGACCAGAGGAUCCACACUGGCAAGAAACCAUCUCCUGUACCCAGCGCGGGAAAGCCUUUGUGCACAGCUCCCAGAUCACGCAGCCCCCGCAGUUCCACAGCAGCGAGAAGCCCUUUGCGUGUCCGCAGUGCGGCCCUUCCUUCAGCCAGAGCUCCAGCCUCACUCAGCACCAGCAGGGCCACCCCGGGGAGGAGCGCGGCAUCCUCAGGGCCCUGUCGGAUUUCUUCCGGCACCAGAGGGUCCACACCGCGGAGAAGCCUUUCGCUGUGCUGAGUGAGCAGGUCCUUCCUCUGAACUCGCACCUGAGCCAGAGCAGCCCUGCCAGGCCUUCACUGCCCCCUGGGCCACCCGGUAACAGUGCGAACAGAGUCCCACUGGCUCCCCCUGGCAAGCGGGACGGGGGGUCGCUGCAAGGUGGCAGCGCCCUUUCACUCGCAGUGACCAGCAGCAGUGUUCCAGUAGUGCCUGUUCCACUGACUGGGCCCUGGAAGGUGGAAGGACACCGUGAGAUCGUAAACCCCUCAAGUGUGUGCUCGCUGCGGACCAGCGGGGAGGCAGGCCCGGGGACACAGGGCAGGCGGGAAGAGGGGGUCCGCCUGCCAGGACCAGCCGCCGUGAGGCGCUCCCCGCUUUCUCCACGAGCGCCGGCCUUCUCCGUCCGUGCCUUCGCCCACUGCGCAGUCAGCAAGGUCACCAUCCGGAGCAGGUCAACCGUCCCCGUGGCUCCGGAGGCCGCCCGCGUCCCCCAGGGCAGCCGAGUGCCGGGCUUCUGGAGCCCAGAGCGUCACCGGAACUGCGUGCGCCGCCGGGGAGGGCGCUGCUUCCCGCGAGCGGAGGGGCUCCGGGGGUCCCACUGUGGGCAUUUCUGCAGGAAGCAGCAAACAGAGCCCGGCCUGGGUCUCCAGACCACUACGGAGAGGGCUGCCCUGAUGGACACACGCACAGCUUUCCAGGCAUCGAAAGGAAGCCACUGGGCUUCCUGCUGUGCAGCUUCAGCAGCUGAGCACGGGGCUCAGAGCGCAGGGCUGAUGCCUCGGCAGGUGGUCCUGAAAGAAGGGGGCCAUGGAGAGGCCACGCCAGGACUGUUACAGGGUCCCUCCUGGACACUGGGGCUUCCAGACCCUUGUGGGAAUAAGGAGGCUGCAGAGAGGCCCAGAGGUUCCCCUCGGGUACCGGCUGUUCAUGAGGACAGAGUGUCCAGGUCAGAGGUCACCCUGAACACAGCAUCUGCAGUCAACAGGAGAGGCCCCUGGAAAGGGCAGCCUUACCGAUGCAGCACCUGCGACAGGAGCUUCAAAUGCUAUUCAGACGUGGUGAAGCACCAGAGCAUUCACUCUGGGGAGAAGCCCUAUGAGUGCAGCGACUGUGGGAAAGCCUUCAUCCACAGCUCCCAUGUCGUCAGGCACCAGCGCAUUCACAACGGGGAGAAGCCUUAUGUCUGUAAGGAGUGUGGGAAAGCCUUCAGCCAGAGCUUCAACCUCAUCAGACACCAGAGGAUCCACACAGGAGAGAAGCCGUAUGAAUGUGCUGAGUGUGGCAAGUCCUUCAGUCAGAGGUCAGACGCUAUGAAGCACCAGAGGAUUCACACGGGGGAGCGGCUCUACGAGUGCAGCGAGUGUGGGAAAACCUUCAUCCACAGCUCAAACGUCGUCCGGCACCAGAGGAUUCACCACAGAGAGAACCCCUACGAAUGCAAAGAGUGUGGGAAAGCCUUCAGCCAGAGCUCCAACCUCAUUCAGCACCAGCGCGUCCACACAGGGGAAAAGCCCUAUGCCUGCCAGGAGUGCGGGCGUGCCUUCAGCCGCAGCUCCUUCCUCAGCGAGCACCGGCGCAUCCAUACUGGGGAGAAGCCCUACGAAUGCGGCGAGUGCGGCCGCUCCUUCAGGGCCCUGUCGGGCUUCUUCCGGCACCAGAGGAUCCACACCGGGGAGAAGCCCUUCCGCUGUGCGCAGUGUGGCAGGGCCUUCCGCCUGAGCUUUCACCUUAUCCAGCACCAGCGAGUUCAUGGCACAGAGUGAACCUGUUGUGGGGUGAACAUAGAGUAAAAGUUGAGUAAACAAGGCUGGAGGGUGGGUAGCAUGCCCUUCAGUUUUUCCCAGCACCCCGAGGCUUGUGCACUGUGCUCCACGGCCCACAGGAAGAUAAUACUGUCUUGUGGUCUGUGAGCUGGCUGUGCAGGCCUGAAGUCUACCACCGCCUCCGGGAGCAGCAGAAAGGAAAGGGGCUGGGGAAGGAGACUUGAUGCUGACAUGUGCCUCUGCAGCUGCUGUACUUCAUUUUCACAGCACCGGGGUUUCCUGGAGUAUAGUUUACAUGUGGUGUAAUGGCCAGCUUUUAAGUGUUUGGUUAUAUAACAAAUAUAACCUGUUCUAACCUUUAUGACUACCACACUAUCAAGAUGCUGACUAUUUCCAUCAAUCCAGAAAGAUUCCCUAGGCCCCUCAUCCUUAGAAACAACCAACAAUGUUGUUUUUGUCACUAUAAUUCUGCUUGCUCUGAAAUGUUAUAUAAAUAGUGAUAUAAUUUAUACUCUUUAUGUAUUUUUCCCUGUGCUUAAGUUUUGAGGUUUAUCCAUGUAUCAGAA